AAGAAGAUAGAGACGAGUUCUCAGCCUUUUUACCAGUCCGAACUGUCCUGAUACCAUCUGAUUGCCAGCGGCUAAUUCUCUAAAAAUCCAGAGGGGACGUUUCCGCUGUUGUUUCCAGACCCCACACCCUUUGGCUAAAUAAGAUCAGAUGCCGAAUUCAUAUGGAGAUGCAUAUAGGCUACGUGCCACCUAAGCAUAUAUAGCUUAUAAAUAUCCACACUAUGGGAUAAUUUUAAGGACAAAAAUAAGGCAACCGCGAAUGGGGCUAAGAGUUCCUGAAAAGUUGCUGAGACAAAAUGUACAGGGGAAUACAAGCAAUAGCUAUGGUUCUAUCUAUAGGCUAUACUUUCUUAAAGGGACGCCCCUUUUUUGCAUACCGCCACACGUUUCCAUGAACGGACACGACACGCUCACUGAUACGCCGAUUUCUCUGUAACAAUAUCGGGAGCAUCCACCAGCUCAUAAGUGAUCUCCACUUUCCUCCGCGCAGCAGACGACCAACUCAGGACUCCAGCAGCCAUGACUGCGAAACACAGAAAUAAGAACAACUCGACCACCACCAACAACGAGAAAAAUAAUGCUCCACCACCACCACCUCAGCAACAAGAUGACGUGGCGAAGAAAAGUCAGAAAGCCAACAAGGCAGAGACCCCACCAGCCCCUCACCCUAAAUCGAGUUCAGGGUCGGGAAGUUGUUUGAAACUUUUGGCUGCGCUUUGUUACAUCUCAUUGGUGGCUGGUGCUGGUUUUGCGUCCUACUAUCUUCAACAAGUAUUAGAAGAAGUGAGCCAAAUCAGUAACAGACAUGAAGAGUCUUUACAGAAGAACGCAGAACUGGCACAAAAAGUGGAGAAUGUUCUUCAACAGGUGGACUCUCUGAGCAGUUCACUGGCGUAUCUGGAAGGUUCCGUUAGCAAGGGUGAGAAUGCGGUGCGUCUGCUGGGCUCGGCAGUGCAGAAGGGCGAGCAGGAGACGCAGCGUGUGGAGGAGGCUCUCCAGCGUCUCCAGAAGGAGAUCCUGCUCGACCUGUCCGAGGGCAUCCGCGAGGUGAAGGAGGCACGCGAGCGUGACUUCUCCUCGCUGGAGUCGACCGUGGAGGAACGGCUGGCUGAGCUCAGCCGCUCCAUCGCCGACAGCGUGGCCGAGUUCGCCGGCGCCCAGGGCGAGUCACGCGCUCAGCUCCAGGAGCUCCGCGCACGCGUGGAGGAGCGGGAGGACCCCGUGCUGGUCAAGCAGGAGUUGACUGCCGUGGCCACCGCCAUCGCCGACCUGCACACCGCCAACCAGGUCGCCGAGGGCAACACUGGCGUGCUGCGCGAGCAGAUCGGGUCGGUCCGGGAGGAGCUGCAGGGUCGUAACAAGGAGAUGGCGUCGCUCUCGGAGGAGAUCGAGUCGGUGCGUGCGCUGGUGCAGGCCACGGCGGGCGCCCUGCGGGAGGAGGUGACCGCUGCCGAGGCCGCCGUCCAGAACAUGGCCGACCAAGCCCAGAGCCUGCAGAGUGGCCAGGAGCAGGCCAGUGGCGCCGUCCAGAGCCUGGAGAAGGAACUGCGGGAGGAGAUCGCCAAGGCGCAGAGGCGCGGCGACGACCUUGAGAACCGGCUGACACGGGUGCAGGAGAGUGGCGAAGCCCUGGCCACCGCCAACGAGGAGCAAGAUGGCCGACUGGAGGCCCUCCUGUCCAAAUACGACUCCCACGAAAGCACGCUGGCCGCCCAGGGCAAGGCUGCGGAGAAAGCCCAGGAAGCCCUGAAGGCGGAUCUGGAGGGACUGAAAGCCAGUCUUGGACAGCAGCUCGAGGGCAGCCUGGCCUCUGUGGAAAGCGUCCGUGGCGACCUCUCCUCCGUCGGCCAGCAGCUGGCAGCUGUGGAGGAGAAAGUGGACGCUCUCGGGGACGCAGAGACCCUCAGCAAGGCUGUGGGAGACCUGGAGCAACUCAGAGGCUCCGUGGACAACCUGCAGGCCAAAGCGGAGCAGCUGGACAGCCAGGCGGAGGCUAUCGCUGCGCUGAAGAGCGCAGUGCAGGAGAUCAAGGCUGCAACAGCAAACAAGGUGGGGAAAGAACCCACAGCCAAAGAAGUGGACAGAAGCGGAGAGGUAGACUGAUAUGCUAGGGGUCAGGGUGAUGAGUAUAUCUUUGGGGAAGAUUUGAGGGUGUCAGUUUGCACAUGCAGCAGAAUAUUCUCUGUUUAUGUGUGUGUGUAUGUGUGUGUGUGUGUGUGUGUGUGGACGUGUGUGUGUGUUGUGUGUGGAGGAGGAGGAGAAGUAUAGAAAAUCGAGAAACAAGAAUUGAUUUAAAUGAAUGCCAAGAUAGUCUUUGUGGACUGCUGUUCUGUGAAUCUAAACACUUCAACCUGCACUGUAUUUUUUAAUAGUUUGUUUUCUGUUGUUUUUAUGAAGGGUCAUGUCAUGUCAUAAAAGCUUUCUACAACUCUUUGAAAAUCUGAUUGUACUGGCUGUU